AUGUUAGAAAGUUUCGAAUGUAACAGUGGUCCUAUGGGAUUGCAUCCUAUCAGCAGUGAGAAGGAUCAUUGUGAGGGUCCCUGCCCAUUAUCACCGAGCAGGAAAACCCGUAAUGAAAAUCAACAUCCCCUAGACGGUAGAAGUAAAAACAAACCAUCGAACGAACAUAUGAAUAACGGUAUGCCACCGGCAGACUUCAUCGAGUCAGCGGUGAGCGGACCGCUCGAAAAGGUAAACAACACGAAGUCAGCGUCGAGCGAGAGCAUGACUCAUGCGUCGAUUGUACCUGCGCCUACAAUACUUUCGGACGGGCCGUGCUACAAUGACCGCAGGCCGCAGGAGAAAAAAUCUUACUCUAAAGUUUUGGAACAAGACGAGAUGUGGGUGGAAAAGGCA